AGCUCAGUAGCGCGGGGAAUUUCGAGUGGCCGGCGGACGCGGGAGGCCUGUGGGUGGAGGACCCCCAGCACCCUCGGCAGUGACCAUGGACUCCGUGGCCGAGCCGCGCUGGCCUCCGGGCCUCGCCGUCCUGAAGCCAGUAGAUGAUUUGCUGCGAUGUGGAAUUUGCUUUGAAUACUUCAACAUUGCAAUGAUGAUUCCUCAAUGUUCACAUAACUAUUGUUCUCUAUGUAUAAGAAAAUUUCUGUCUUAUAAAACUCAGUGUCCAACCUGUUGUGUGACUGUCACAGAGCCGGACCUGAAAAAUAACCGUGUGUUAGAUGAACUGGUAAAAAGCUUGAAUUUUGCACGGGAUCGUUUGUUGCAGCUGGCUUUGGAGUCGCCGCCCGUGUCUCCCGUUUCCUCCUCUGCCAAGAGACUUGCGGUCAGAGCCCCCACUUCCGUGGCAUCCAGGCCUCCUGCAAAGCUGGCAAGCAGGCCGAUGGACAGCUUCCUGAUCAGAGAGGGCGCCAGUCCCGCCCCGGAGCCUCUGUCAGCCGAGAAGGAGAGCACGCUCACCCCGCAGAAAGAUCUGGGCAGCUCGGCUGAGUCCACGGGGACGUGCUUCUCAGAGCCGAUGACGCCCAGCUCCUCUGAGGCCAGGCGCCCCGAAACCCCCUCAACAUCCACUCUGAAACAAGUCACCAAAGUGGAUUGUCCUGUGUGUGGGGUUAGCAUCCCAGAGAAUCACAUUAAUAAGCACCUGGACAGCUGUUUAUCACGGGAAGAGAAGAAGGAGAGCCUCAGAAGUUCUGUUCACAAAAGGAAGCCGCUGCCUAAAACUGUGUACAACUUGCUGUCUGAUCGUGAUUUGAAGAAAAAGCUGAAACAGCAUGGAUUAUCUAUUCAAGGAAGUAAACAACAGCUUAUUAAAAGACACCAAGAAUUUGUGCAUAUGUACAAUGCCCAGUGUGAUGCUCUGCACCCUAAAUCAGCUGCAGAAAUAGUUCAAGAACUCGAAAAUAUGGAGAAGACCAGGAUGCGCUUGGAAGCUAGUAAACUCAACGAAAGCGUAAUGGUUUUUACGAAGGACCAGACAGAAGAGGAAAUAGAUGAAAUCCACAGUAAAUAUCGAAAGAAACAUCACAGUGAAUUCCAGCGUCUGGUGGACCAGGCCAAAAAGGGAUACAAGAAGGCUGUGGGGAUGGCCGAAAUCAAAGGACCAAGUAAAGAAGAUGAGUCCCCCCGAAAGUCGCCGUCCCCGUGCGUGGGAGAAGAAGUUGAUGACAUGAAAUUCUCGGGGAUAAUGCUGGAGACAGCCCGUUGCUCUCCAUCAAAGCUGAGCUCCCCAGGGAAGCAGGGCUCUGUUGAUUCUGCCCAUUACACCGAUGCCCCAGAAGCAACUCUGCUUUCGUCAGAGUCUAGUUCCUGCAAUAGUUCCAGUUCAGACAUCAUCAGAGAUGUGCUGGAGGAAGAAGCAGCCUGGGAAGCCGCCCAUAAAAACCAUCUUCAAGACAUGGACUUUAGUCCCAGACAGAGUCGCCGUGCACGAGGAGCAGGGAACGCCGAAGUCGAACCAAGGAACAAGCGUAAUAGGAAUUAGCGUGGCUUUCACACCUUCCCAGGCAGAACAUGCUGCUGUUUGUUGUCCUACUCAGAUGUCACGUUUAUAAACUCCUGAGAGAAGAUGCUGAAU